UAUUAAACCAGAUCCUGAAGUGAUGGAAGGCGAGCUUUCGCGGGAUACAUCCCUUGAUGCUCCGAACAACAACCGGGAUAUGUCCGACGUGCUUGGGGCAAGCAGCUAUUCGUUACGUGAUAUUUCAACGGAUUCAUUCGCCAACGAGGAAGAUGCGAACCUCUUGGAUGACAGUGUCCUGGCGCUCUUGGACAAACCGUACAGUCAGUUGCACGACCGCUUGCACUUACGCAAACAAGAUCAGUACGAUGGGUUCGACAACAGUACCGGCAGCAGCUGGAUCUACCCGACCAACUAUCCGGUUCGGCAGUACCAGUACACCAUCACCAAGGCGGCCUUGUUCAAAAACACGCUUGUCGUGCUGCCGACUGGUCUCGGCAAGACAUUCAUUGCUGCCGUCGUGAUGUACAACAUCUACCGGUGGUAUCCGACGGGGAAAGUUAUCUUCAUGGCACCGACCCGACCAUUGGUGAAUCAACAGAUCGAAGCGUGCUACCGCAUCAUGGGCAUCCCAAAAGAAGACACCGCCGAAAUAACUGGCAAGCAGCAACGUAAGAACCGCGCAGGGCUGUGGCAAACGAAGCGUGUCUUUUAUGUAACGCCACAGGUCGUGCAGGCGGAUCUGUGCGCACCGGAACAAGCUUUUCCCGUCGAGCAGGUGCGCCUUAUUGUGAUAGACGAAGCGCACAAAGCGAAAGGCCGAUACGCAUACACGGAAGUGGUUAAAAUGAUAGCAGCGCGCAACAAACACUUCCGUGUGCUUGCCCUCUCCGCCACGCCAGGCCGAACGCUGGAGGACGUAGCGGAGGUCAUACAGAACCUGCUCAUUUCGCACAUCGAGGUGCGCUGGGACAACUCGAUCGACGUGUCGCCGUACACGUUUCGCAAGAGUAUCCGUACGAUCGUUAUUCCGCUCGGAGCGACGAUACGCGGUGUCCGAGAACAAUUACUGCAGUUGGUCGAUCCGUACGUGCGCCGUUUGCUCGAUGCCAACGUGCUGUCGUGCGGCAACCCAGCUUCCAUGACACGCGGCAUGCUAAUCAUGGAACAGAAGCGGUUUCGUGAAAAUUCGCUACUCCAGCGACACCCAAACCACUCCAUCGUAAACGGGGACUUCGGCGUGUGUGUUAGCAUGUACCAUGCGCUCGAUCUGCUCGUUCGGCACGGUGUACGGGCGUUGCUAAACUUUUUCGCUGACGGUAGCGACGGUGCAUCGGAGAAGUACUUCGUGGCCAAGGAUCGCGCCAUCAAGGAGUUUCUCGAGCAGUUAAGGGAGCGAUACGGGGAAGAACGUCACAAAACGGAUGGCCAAGGCGAUGUUCCAGCGACCGGCGAUGACGAUGUUGACUACGGCCAUCCAAAGUAUCGCAUACUGGAAAAACAGCUCGCAACCCACUUUACCGAACACCCAGAAUCAAGGGCCAUUGUGUUCUGCGAGUUUCGCGAUUCGGUUGCGAUGAUCCAUCGGUUGCUGAGCCAACGGAGUCCACUGAUCCGCCCAAAGUGUAUAGUUGGCCAAGGAGGCACGAGCGGGAUCCGAGCGGUGACGCAGAAAGAACAAAUCGCUGCCAUGCAGCAAUUUCGGGCCGGCACUUGCAAUACGCUUAUUGCAACGUGCGUCGCCGAGGAGGGAAUCGAUGUUGGCGAAGUGGAUUUGAUUGUUUGCUUCGAUAUCACGAAAAAUCCGACACGGUUCGUGCAGCGUAUCGGUCGGACCGGGCGGCAGCGUGUUGGCCGCGUGCUGAUGCUAGUGACCGAAGGUGAGGAGCACGAGACCCUCAAGCGAGUGCAGGCGUCGAAGGACCGGACGAAUCAGCAGCUCGCCAAGAGUAAGGACAUCAUGCGCAUCCUCUAUCGGCACUCACCGCGGCUUGUACCGGGGGAGUUUGAGCCGAAAUGUGUGGAAAUGUUUAUCAACAUCGCAGCGGCGGGUGGUGGCGAAGCAGAAGGCGCAAAUGCUGCAUCAGGCAGUGGAAAGGGUGGGGCGAAGCGUAAGGUUACCACCGGCGAGCCAGACGUGGACAGUAAGCGAAGAAAAGUGAGUACAGCAGCAAAACCCGGCAGCUCAACACCGAAAGGGACGCAGGAUGUGCGCCGAUUCUUCCAACGUGCCAACACCGGGAGGCUUCCGGCGGACGCGGAUCUGGAUGCAAGCGAACGGGAUAUUUUCUCCCUACCAGCUUCGCCUCCUGGUAGCAGUCCGGAAAAAUUACAACAACGCACCAGCGAAAAGCCAGUCAUCGAUCGGUGUGCCCGACCCGGUAAGUCCGAUCAGCAGCUGGCCAUAGAUCGGAUCCUGCAGAACCUGGUACGCCAUUACGAACAACUAAGGAGGCAGAAGUUUAUCCACCGCCAGCAGCUUCUCAAUGUCCCGACGGUUGCGCAGAUACUGCAGCGGCGGUCGUUGGCGAUCGUGCGAUCAGAGUUGGCCCGGCAGUUGCUGCAGUCUACCCAAGAUGCAAACACGGUGUCACAGGCGGCGGGAAAGCGGGAUGAUCCGUUCGAUUUACCACCGCUUCGACCAAUUCCGGAAUCCAUCCGGUUGCAGCGUGCUGUAGAAAAUGAGGCACCGUGUUCACCGCCUUCCGAUGUUUACCCAAUUUCUCCAACGCAGGGGAAGGAUGAAUCCAUUUUAAACAUUUUCGAUUCAACACUCAAUUAUUCAAACUUCAACGAAACCUCCUGCGUGACGAUACAGAGAGGUACGGAUACGGUACCAGUGGCUGUGACAGGGAACCGAAAACGAACACCACCGGUUGAUAGUCCCCUUUUGCGUGCCUUCAAUCGGUCGGUUCAGAAGCGCCAGCUCGAAGAAAAUCAUUUCAAGCAAGCGGGUUUAACAAACACUGAAUGUCACCCAGUGGGCGUUGCUACAUUACCUGAACCAGAAACACCACCGCAAGUGCAGAGAGUGCGAAGUAGGCAGUUGAAUGUAGAAGCGGUGAAAAAGACGAUUCCUUCCGACAGUCCGUUGCUGCGAGCCUUCAAUCGUUCCGUGCAGAAGCGUAAUAAUUCAGACGGUUUCCAAGAAAUGGAUGAAAAUGAGCUGAAAAGGAAAAUGGUCCUGGAGUUUUUUCACCUGCAAUCGCUUGAUGACAUUUUCGAUGCAGAGGAACUGAGUGAUCGAAUGGAGGAAGACCCUCCGGCCCCAAUGGAUGUACCCUUGCACCAACCUGUGAUAACGGAUGCAGAAUCGAAUCUGCUGCUUGCCAAUGCGGCCGAAAGUGAAAAGGAAGCAGUAAUUUGGAAUGUAUCAUCGGAACCGGGGACGUCACGACAAUCGGCAACAUGCGAAUCAGAUAAAGAAAACAAGGGAAAGUGUAAGAAUUUUAAUCUCGGCUCCGCUGCGCUCGUGUUUGACGAUAGCGAUGACGAUAUCUUCGGUGAGAUGGAUCUUAGUCCGGUACAUCGUACCGCUGCACAACAAUCGCCCAUCGGCAGGGUUAUCCUUGGUGAAACCCGACAGAAGGAGCCGGCUGAACAUAGCUCCCAAGUUUUCUCGGCGGUGGAAAAAUCUCCUUCUCUGUUGGCUAGGCCUGUAUCGAAAAAUUCACGACUCGCACCGACCAAAUUAAACUUUCAACGGCUUCGAGCAGGAGAAACUCGUCAACAUUCGGCAACUACCAAUCGGAAUGAUCCGGAAAUGUCACGGCCGUUAACCCCCGUCGAGUCUUUAUCGUCCUCACCGUUCUUCAACACAUGCCAAUCGUCAAUCAGGCCCUCUCCAUCUGCAAUACCACCGCAACCAGUGAAAGGUCCUAGCCAGGAUUUAGAUAGGAGUACAAUCAUCGGCCACAGACGGAAACGAGGCUGCCUUGGGUUGAACAACGAUCUCGACAGCGAAGAUGAUGAGGAUGAUGUUCACCCGUUACCCACCGACUUUCCGGUCACAAUAGAGAAAGAAGACUUCUCCCGUCUUGACUCCGAGGACGAUGAUAUUUUCGAAUCCUGCAAGUCGGGUCCAUCGUACGGUCGAAUCGACCGUAAAUCAAACACAAAUGCUCAAGUGGGCCAGAAGAAACCGGAAACAUCGGUAUUGCAGAUUGCGGCACGAAGCAAGAAGCAUCAGCCGAAGCGUCGGCAGGCUGCUCGAGCUUUCUUACACACACAAGCUGAAGUGUCUGGCAGUGAAGAAGAGGAUGAAAACGAUACAGAAACAUGGCAUCAAGAGAUGGAUUCGUUUAUUGAAGCGGGAGGUAGUCAGUUGUCGCAGGCGGAUGCAAGUUGCGUUGACAUGCGCGCCGUCUACCUACAGUCAGUUCGAAGCCCGACAGUGGCUCGUGGGCGUUUCAAAAUUCCAGCCACGCGAGCAAACGCGGGUCUCCCACGCCCAAACACCCUUGGUCCCGCAGACGCAGAUGAUCUUAGCGACAAUGCACUAGACGAAACUGAAGCAUUCGAUUCCUCCUUCAUCACCGACGACAUCGAGGUUGAUUCGGAACUGUCGGAACUCGAACAGGCCGAGAUGGCGUUACGAGAACGCCGGCGAGUUGGAAAACGAGCACGAGAGAAAGCUGAUGCAGAGGCUAGUACAGCAAAGCGGCGUCGGCGGAUUAUCGUCCUUUCUGACUCUGAAUAGCGUUACAGGCAGUGCUUCCAUAAAUAAGUCAUGUAGAUAGAUAACUGUUUGUUGAAUAAUAAAUAAUAAUAAU